AUAUGGGGGCCUACAUACAUACAUAACCGUGUGUGUCAUGGCUAAAGGCACACAGAUAGUCACACAGAGACACAUGCAGAGCCUUAUUCACAGAUGGAGACAUGCACCCAGCGCUGCAGCUACAAGUGCACAGAGCUACACGGAGGCACAUUCUGUGAGAUGUAUGUGUAAGGCACUAAGUCAGGAGGGAAAACAGAAUCCCCAGGGGAAGCUCGUAGUGGGAAGGUUGAGGCUGGGAAGCGUCUAAACCACAUUGCUACCCUCCAGGGUGGACUGGCUUGGUCACUGCAGUUAGCAUUAGCCAUUUGAGUUUGAUUUCAAACUCUCCUGGGGAGCAGUCUGGGAUAGGGGAGGAUAGGAUAGGCCCCUCCUAAAGUGAUGGAGGAGAAUCUGGUUGUGAUAUCACUUAGUUGUGUGCGCACACACCCUUGUGCAUAUAUGGACACAAAUGCCAGUGUACAUAGAGAUAGCCGUCAUUGCAAUGCAACGCGUGCGCACGCACACAUGGCCCCUCCCAUCCAUACACUGAGAGCAGGUGCCCCGAGCCUGGUUCACAGCUACUCACGAGAGAGAAGAAUAGGAUCAGUUGCAUCACAGCUGUCUCCAAUUUACCUGCUCUGCCAGUGAGCAGAUGAGCAGAGUAUCCUGCGGGCAGCAGGAAAGCCGCGUGCUGGGCCAACCCUUUGUGGCAGGCUGCAGCCAAGGCUAUGAGAGAGAAUAGUGUGUAGGAGAGCAGGGGAGCUGCGGCAGCUGCUGGCCAGGGCUGCCCGCCCCCCUUUCCUUCAACUCCAGCCCCUGUACAUGCUCUUCUCCUUGCUGAGCUCAGGGUACUGUUACGGGUGAGCAGCAGCUGCAUGCUGGGCUGCCCCUGGAGCAAGCGGAUGCUGGUGAGUUCAGACAACAAACCAGCACAGACACCCUGGGGUGCAGAGGGGGAGGGGCCUAUAUUAUCCAGUUCAUUAAACAGGACUUUCAAAUAUUAAAUCUUCAAAGGUUAUUUUCAAUAUUUUAAACGCCUGUUUCUAAUGCUUGGGGGCCUAGCAGGCCACAUGGGUCACAGUCACAGGGUUCCGCCCCUUCUGUUCAAGGGGGCUGGGCUGCAGCCUCACCCCUCUCACCCCCAGGAAAUGCUUCCUACUCUUCAGCUUCUCCAUCCUUUGCUCAUGGUGCUCCCCUUUCGCUUGCUCUUGCCUCUGUGUCACAUCCUCACUGCACCUGCCAUUUGCACACCCUGUCCCACCUUCAGAACUGGGUUCUGCCACUGACCCCCUUUUGCCAGACUUUCUAGGUUUCCCUUUGAGACUCUCCUGGGACGGAUCAGCGCCUUGCCCUGUCCGUGUCUUAUAAAGUCUGCCACAAGCUGCUGAAAACACCAGACAACUUAGAAGGAGGUGUCGUCGUCAUCGUCACCAUCAGCUGUUGUAAGGGAGACCGUGUGCCCUAGGGGAUAGUGCACUAGAUUGGGACUCAGGAGAUGUGUGUUCUAUUUCUGACUCUGCCACUGUACUGUUGAGUGACCUUGGACAAAUCACUUUGCUGCCCGGGGCCUCGGUUUCCCCAUCUGUAAAAUAACUAUACUGACCACCUUGUAAAGGUCUUUGAGAUCUACAGGUGUAAGAGCUUGCUAUUAUUAUUGCAAUAUGGAGGAGUGUCUAGUCAUUGCCCCCAAUGCCAACAAGGAGGAAAUCACUGUAAAAAAAGUAUAAAGCAGAAUGAAUUAAUAAGCUGCCGGGCAGAUAACUGUGGUUGUGACAGCAGGAUGAUGUAGCGUGGGGCUGGGGCCCCCCUCCAUUUGAAUGCAGGAGGCAGCAGGGAUGAUGGGAGGUUGGUUCUCAUGUUGUUUGUUUUCCAAUAGUUUGAUUCUAUGAACAGUUUUCUCCACCCCAGACAUUGAACGUCUCCGGCUUUCGCAUGCGCUCAAACAUUGCUGCUUCCCCUCAUCAACACCAGGCUGGGCUCCUGCCGAGCUCUGCUUCCACCAAGAGGCCCAGGCCCAGCUCUGCAGGUAGCAAAGGAGUGACAGCUCUUGCUGAAAGCUGCUGUUGUGAACGUACAUUCAGUGAAAGCCUCACUAAGGUGCUGAGGGUUUUAGCACUAAUUGCUGAGUCUCCAUGUUUCUUGCUUUGAAUGCUCACAGGCUUGGAAGCAGUGGUGUUUAGGGCACAAUAUGGGAAGGUCAGUGGUCUUCAGCAUAACCCGUCUUUCAGCAGUUUUAUUUGCUGCAGCAUGCAGAAGCAGGAAAACCACCUCCCUCCACUGCCUCAAUCAAUCAUCUUCCACUCCUGGCAAAUAUACCCUGUUGUCACAUCUGUAUUGGAGCACGUGGCCUCAUGGCUGCCCUCGAGCCCUGCACCCACAUCAGCCACAAUCCAUUUUUCUAGCUGUUUCUAGGGAGCUGCUCAUUCUGGGCUCUAGCUCCCACCGGCAGUGAAAGGAACAUGUCCAGCUUCAGGAGCUCUGCCACAUGUUAGCAAAGUGCCUUGCAUUCGGUCUGUGGUGCUGUCUUUGUCGAUAGCCCAAACAGGGAGAGAACAUGUGGUGUGUGCGUGUUGUUUCUAAUAUGCCCAAUAUCAUAGUAUCUAGGCACAGGAUUGGCCCCAGCUCAUGGGGACUCCAGCUGAGAACAGGAUCUGAAGGUGGUGGGAUUGCACAGCAGCAACUGACGGCAGAACCAUUAUCACAGAUACUAAGACAACCUGUAAAGAAGCUCCAUGAAGGUGACCAGCCAUGCAAUGUUCCUGGAAGGCUGUCCUCCUACUAGCCUUGGCAUCCAUCGCAAUCCAGUACACGGCGAUCCGAACCUUCACAGCCAAGUCCUUCCACAGCUGCCCCAUCCCCAAUCCCAUGAACUGCAGCCUGAGCCAGGAGACUGAGUCAGCUGACAGACUAUGUGACGAGAGCCCAACCUUUGCUUAUAACCUCUCCAGAAAGACGCAUGUCCUGAUCCUGGCCACCACCAGGAGCGGCUCCUCUUUUGUUGGACAGUUGUUUAACCAGCACUUUGAUGUCUUCUAUUUAUUUGAGCCCCUGUACCAUGUCCAGUACACCUUGAUCCCAAAGCUGACCCAGAGCAAGAGCACCACUGACAGGAGGGUCAUGCUGGGUGCCAGCAGAGACUUGCUGAGGAGCCUUUAUGACUGUGACCUCUACUUUCUUGAGAACUACAUCAAACCCCAGCCGGUAAACCAUACAACGGACCGGCUCUUCCGCAGGGGGGCCAGCAAGGCCCUGUGCUCGCUGCCAGUUUGUGAAUCACUGGGGCCAAUUGACAUCCACCUGGAGGAAGGGGACUGUGUGAAAAAGUGUGGCACCUUGAACCUGACAUUGGCCACCGAGUCAUGCAAAGAGCAUGGGCAUGUGGCCAUCAAAACAGUGCGGGUGCCAGAGGUCAGUGACCUCAGAGCCUUGGUGGAGGAUCCCAGACUAAACCUGAAGGUUAUACAGUUGGUGAGGGACCCCAGAGGUAUCUUGGCUUCCAGGAGCGAGACCUUCCGAGACACCUACAGGCUUUGGAGGAUCUGGGAUGGUACUGGCAGGAAGCCCUACAACCUGGAUGUGACCCAGCUCACCACGGUCUGCGAGGACUUCUUGAACUCUGUAUCCACUGGACUAAACCGACCACCUUGGCUUAAGGGCAAAUACAUGCUGGUAAGGUACGAAGACCUGGCCAGAAAUCCCAUGAAAAAGACUGAGGAGAUUUACGGUUUCCUGGGUAUUCCCAUGGACAGCAAUGUUGAGCGAUGGAUACAAAACAACACAAGAGGGGACAGGUCCUCGGCCAAACACAAGUAUGGGACUGUCCGGAACUCGGCGGCGACAGCAGAGAAAUGGCGGUUCCGCCUCUCCUACGAGAUUGUGGAGUUUACUCAGAACGCCUGCCAGCAGGUGCUGGCGCAGCUCGGCUACAAAAUGGCGGCCUCGGAGGAGGAGCUGAAGAACCUCUCCAUCAGCCUGGUGGAAGAAAGGGACUUCCUGCCCUUCUCGUAACCCAGGCAUUGUGCCCUCUUUUUGAUACGGACUGUUUCUAAUUGUUGCCUUAUUUGAUUUUAUUUUAUUCCCCCCUCUCUCUCUCUCUCUCCAAAAUUUGCACUAAAUCUUGAAUGGGAAUCUCAAUGGCAUUAACGCGAGGAAGCUGCUCCCUCUCACGGUGCGCUUUGGACGCAAGGGCAUUGGGUGUCUCAGAGCAAGAGCUAGAACUGUGGCUGGGUAACAAUGUUUACAAAACACACACAAUGUAUAAAACAACCUUCAAGUUUUCCAAACCGAAGGGUACCUGGGGUACUGUACUUUUGCACUGUUUACUUUUACAAUGUAAGAGAUAAAUAUAUAUAAUUUAUGAAUGGUGGUGUCCCCUUGACCAUAAUUCCCCUUGCCUCCCAGUUCCAAGCAGGUUAUGCUGUUAGCUGAAUGUGGAAUAACCUCCUCGUUUUUCAAUCUCGUUUCGAUAUGUCUGUUUGUUUAAGUCGUGUUAUUGGGCUGGGCAGUUAGUCGGUUGCUGAUCCAUGGUUGUUUGGUAACACCUGUGACAUUUCUUUGUGCCAAAAAAAAAAAAUUAGUUGAUUGGGCGGUUUGCUAAAAACAAACAAACAAAAUUAAUGCUUUAUCUCUGUGUUUUCUGUAAAUAAAAGAGUGCAAUGAAACUGA